AUGGCCCAAUGCACCCCGAGCAGCAUCCUCCGGCGCGCGCUCCGCCUCGCCACCCCAGUUGAACGCCGCGUCCCCCACCGACCGCUGCACGCCUCCCCCCCCUUCCUGAAGAAGCGCCGCAUCGCGCCGGCGGCCAACUCGCCCCCUCGGCCGGGCCAGACCCCCCCCCGCAGCGGCAGCGGCAGCGGCAGCGGCACGGGCUGCGACCCGGACCCCGAGAACCCGCUGGACCUGUCGGCGCUGCGGGCCGCGUACGCCCCCCUCGACGCGCACUUCCGGGCGCAGCUGCAGACGGUCCUGCACGGCGGGCGCUUCGACCCCAGCAGCCUCGGGGCGCUGCCCGUGGCGGUCAAGUCGGCCGGCGCGGCGGAGACGUUCCCCCUCCGCGAGCUGGCGCAGGUGGUGCCGCGGCCGGGGCGCGCCGUCUCGCUGCUCGUCCACGAGAGGGCCUUUGUCAAGCCCAUCAUGUCGGCGGUCCAGGCCAGCCGCGAGUUCAACCAGCAGCCGCAGCGGGGCGACAGCGACCUCGAGCUGCUCAUGCGGGUGGAGCCGGAGCGCCGGGAGGACCUCGUCCGCAGGGUCAGGGACAACACCCAGGCGUGGAAGGACAGGGUGCGCCAGGCGAGGGCGCGGCACGACAAGGCGCUCAAGGCGUGGCUGAAGGACGGCACCGUGCUCCCGGACGUGGUGAGGAGGGCCGAGCGGGAGGUGCAGCGGGCGCAGGAUGCCAAGAUGCGCGAGAUUGAGGCCGAGGAGGCCACGGGCCUGAAGCAGCUCGAGAGGUGA